AUGGUGGAGGAAGAAGAGGGGAGUCUCCCUGUGCUCUCCUCUGGAUGUCUGGGGCUGAUGGGCUUGGAGUUCCAGUGCAGGGUAAGUCUGCUGUGUUUGUGUGGUGUAUAUGGCAAAGCCAUGACGUGCAGGCAGUCACCCUCUAUGAACCCUCUAUGACUCAUUACAGCUCUCCAAGGAAUCUCUUAAAGUCAGACCUUAUGUACAGUGAAAGCAAUGUGUCAGACCAGCCUUGUGUACAACACAGAUUCUUCACCAUCAAUAAGCAACAUUGUAAAAACCCUGGUGGUGUAGAUGUAACAGUGUGUUUAUGGUGUGUCACAACAGGACAAUGGGAGUCCCCAUCGGAGGAGGGCUGUGGAGUGCUGUACAGACCAGGACUUCUGCAAUACAGACCUGCAUCCUACUUUACCACCACUGAUGUCCCCUGGUAAGACACACACACACACACACACACAGCGAAUUCCAGCCAGUCAACACACUGAAACUCUGUCAUCUUGUGCGCGAGUGGCUUUCAGAGUGGGCUCCCUCAGCCUGCACCGGGGUGUGAUGGGUAGUGACAGUUUAAACUGUUACAAACCACAAUGUAGUGCUGGCUGGAGUGGCGUGUGCCGCUCUGGGGCAGGGGGAGACGGGGGAAAUGGAGGUGAAAUGGAGCCGGCAGGCUUGGCUUGUUCUCUCACCCUCUAAUGAAAAGGACAGCCUCUCCCCAGGGCCUGCUUGAGUUUCCUGCCCCGCCACGGAUGUGAGAUAUCUGUCCAUCUGUCACUCCUCUAGCUACAAACCAACACUCGCACACACACGGUGUGUGUGUUACAUCUAUCAAGGAAAUUAGUCAAAGAUAAAUUGAUUUGUCAAACGUGGCAAAUUGUCAAAUUAGAUCAUUUCCAUGUGUGUGCCUACCGUCAUGUGUACAGUAUGUGUGUGAAUGAUUUACAGGAGGCUGGCAGAAAGGCUGGCAGAAAGACUGGGGCACCAGAGCAGCACUGGGCUUCAGGAUUUGCCGUGGCGAUGUCAGUGUGACACCGGAUCUGUGGGAUUCAGGAAGGGGAUGUGAUCGAUCACACACUGAGAGGGGGAGGAGAUAGGAACAAGAGAAGAGGGAGGUGGGUCGAGAGGCAAGAAUCUUGAGACUGGAGGUUUGGAAGUUUUAGACCGGAGGGGGGUUACCCCAGGUUAGGGGCAAAGCUGAAACUUCUCUCUGAGACUUGGGAAGGUUUGGAAGUUCACCUGUAAUCCUCACGUUCUCUCUCCUGCUGCUUUGAUGUGUCUCUUGACCCAGGUUUGGGUUGGAUCUGUGACUGACAACUCUCUCUCUCUCUCUCUCUCUCUCCUUCUCUCUCUCUCUCUCUCUCUCCUAUCUCUCGCUCUCUCUCUCUCUCAUCUCUCUCUCCUUCCCCCCCCCCCUGUAGAUUACGUGGACAGCAGUAUCCACCCCAUGGCUCUCUUCAUCUCUGUCACAGUGUGCUGCAUCAUCCUGGUACUCGUCAUCGUCUUCUGUUACUUCAGGUGAGAAAACACACAUGGACUCAGACACACACUGAGGAGAUUGGUAACAUAGACCAAUGUAAUGCUUUUAGCAGAAUUGUAGCUUUGUAUUACUGAGGACUUUACCACUGUGUCUUCCAGGUAUAAGCGCCAGGAGUCGCGUUCUCGCUACAGUAUUGGUCUGGAGCAGGAUGAGACUUAUAUCCCUCCUGGAGAAUCUCUGAAGGACCUGAUAGAACAGUCCCAGAGCUCUGGCUCAGGAUCAGGACUCCCACUGCUGGUGAGACCUGAACCUCAUCACACACACAUUAGCAACCAGGUUUCACGUUUUAUUAGUCGUAUGUACAAGAUACACAUGGUAUACACUGUCCAACAAAAUGCUUACUUGCAAUGGAGAAACAGUCCAGCAAUACAGUGUUGUAGAAAGACCUUACUCUCUCAAUGUGCUAGUUAUGUUGACUUUGACUAGAAAUUGUGAUAAUGAUGUACAAUGAUAUAGCAUAUGACAGUGUUGAUGACGAUGAUUUUGAUAUUGAUAUCGGUGUGUGUGUUUUCCUGUGCUCAGGUGCAGCGCACCAUAGCCAAGCAGAUUCAGAUGGUGAAGCAGAUAGGUAAGGGCCGCUAUGGGGAGGUGUGGAUGGGUCGCUGGAGAGGAGAGAGAGUGGCUGUCAAAGUGUUCUUCACCACCGAGGAGGCCAGCUGGUUCAGAGAGACCGAGAUCUACCAAACUGUCCUCAUGAGACACGAGAACAUACUGGGUAAGGAGAGAGGGAGAGAUUGAGUGUGUGUGUGCGUGUAUUGUGCGUGAGUGAGUGUGUGUGUGCAUCCUUGCGUGCAUGCAUCUCUGUAUGUGUGUGUCUUUGUAUCUCCUCAAAGAUCUCCCAAUCUCCUCCCUACCCAGGCUUCAUAGCGGCGGACAUAAAGGGCACAGGGUCGUGGACCCAGCUCUACCUGAUCACAGACUACCAUGAGAGUGGAUCUCUGUAUGACUACCUCAAGUCCACCACCCUGGACAUCAAGGCCAUGCUGCGGCUGGCCUACUCCUCAGUGUCAGGCCUCUGCCACCUCCACACAGAGAUCUUUGGCACCCAGGGUAAACCAGCCAUCGCCCACAGAGACCUGAAGAGCAAGAACAUCCUGGUGAAGAGGAAUGGGGCCUGCUGCAUCGCUGACCUGGGCCUGGCUGUCAAAUUCAUCAGGUAAGACAGGAAGGGACAUGUGCCAUACAUCCGAUCAUGAAUGUAGAGAUAGCAAAACAUCUUUAUAGAGCAGAAUCGUUCUUCUCUGUUAUCUUUGUAUACUUUUCAGCAUUUGCAUUAGUCCAAACUAUGGAAUCAGUCCAGCAAUACACGUUUAUACAAAGACGGUGUUGCUUUAAAAGUGCCAUGUUGAUGAAAAGAUAUGGUCUUUCUCCCCAUACACCACCCUCUCUCAGUGACACCAAUGAGGUGGACAUCCCUCCCAACACGAGGGUGGGCACUAAGCGCUACAUGCCCCCAGAGGUCCUAGACGAGAAUCUGAACCGGAACCACUUCCAGUCCUACAUCAUGGCCGACAUGUACAGCUUCGGCCUAAUCCUCUGGGAGAUCGCCCGGCGCUGCGUCUCUGGAGGUCAGACACGGCCCACAAUGCUCUGCUUUACAAUGUCUUAAUAUAAUUUGUAUAUGUAAAGUGAGCUGAUGUGACCUUUGACCUUAUGUGCAUUCAGACAUUUGCCAAAAUGCUGAUCCAAAUUCUAUUUUUUCUUAUUCAAUGUUAUGAUAAGUUAUUUUUUUUUAUACUGUUCAGUUAUUUGACCCCCUUCCAGGCUGUGUAUUAUCUUACCUCCAUCUCAGCUGUGAUGAUGCAGUAUGUAGAGAUCUAACAUCUCUCUCCUUGUGACUUGUGUCCUGUAGGCAUCGUAGAGGAGUACCAGCUGCCCUACCAUGACCUGGUGUCCUCUGACCCCUCCUAUGAGGACAUGAGGGAGGUUGUGUGCAUCAAGAGACAGAGGCCCUCCUUCGCCAACCGCUGGAGCAGUGAUGAGGUGAGGAAACACCCUCUUUGUGAUUCCGUUUUUAUGUGUUGUAUGCUUGAGAUCAGUAUACUCUUACAUAGGCUACUGUGUGUGAGUGUACAGUAUGUUGAUUUCUGACCUCGGUGUGUUUAGUGUCUCAGACAGAUGGGGAAGCUGAUGACGGAGUGCUGGGCCCACAACCCAGCGUCUCGCCUCACAGCUCUCAGAGUGAAGAAGACCCUGGCCAAGAUGUCUGAGACUCAGGAUAUCAAACAGUGA